CAGUGUGCAAAGCCCACUGGUUGGCGUGGCCCGGACACGCCUUCCCCGGAGCGGAACAAAACGGGCGCGGGCCGGGCGCACCCAGUCUCCGCUUCCGAGAGCGCUGCCUCCGCCCGCGCCGCCAGCAGCCAGAAUGCCGAACUGGGGAGGAGGCAAGAAAUGCGGGGUGUGCCAGAAGACGGUUUACUUUGCGGAAGAGGUUCAGUGUGAAGGCAGCAGCUUCCAUAAAUCCUGCUUCCUGUGCAUGGUCUGCAAGAAGAAUCUGGACAGCACCACGGUGGCUGUGCACGGUGAGGAGAUCUACUGCAAGUCCUGCUACGGCAAGAAGUACGGGCCCAAGGGUUAUGGCUAUGGGCAGGGCGCCGGCACGCUGAGCAUGGACAAGGGGGAGUCUCUGGGCAUCAAGCACGAGGAGACGCUUGGCCACAGGCCCACCACCAACCCCAAUGCCUCCAAGUUUGCACAAAAGAUUGGUGGCUCCGAGCGCUGCCCCCGCUGCAGCCAGGCAGUCUAUGCCGCUGAGAAGGUGAUUGGUGCUGGGAAGUCCUGGCACAAGUCCUGCUUCCGCUGUGCCAAGUGUGGCAAAGGCCUCGAGUCCACCACCCUGGCUGACAAGGACGGCGAGAUUUACUGCAAAGGAUGCUACGCGAAGAAUUUCGGACCCAAGGGCUUUGGCUUUGGGCAAGGAGCCGGGGCUCUGGUCCACUCUGAGUGAGGCCACCGCCGUCCACCACACGCUGCCCACUCCUGUGCUUCUCAUUGCCGUUCCCUUCCCAGCAGCCUUGGCGACCUCCAGGAUUCCUCCUCCCUCUCUCAGCCCCGCCACACAUCACUAAUGACUUGAACUUGGGUGUCUGGCUCCCUUUGGUUUGGAGUCUGCCUGAGGUUCCCCCCCCCACACACAAGGGGCUCCCUCUGCCUGGGUUCUGACACCAUCCCCAGCAGGAGACCUCAGGGUUUUAGUGUAGGUGGGACUGGGCCCCGUCCCCACGCCUCGCCCCAUAAUCCUCUGUUCUUAGCCUGUUAGGCUGAGUGUGCAUCAUCGACCCGCCAAGAUCCCUGAGCCCACAUCUCGGAUCCCAGAAGAGCAGUAGGCCCAGCGGGGAGGGAAGCAGGGUCAAGACUGUAGUUUACCGGAUCCCGGAGACCCUCCUCUGGGGUGAGAGGGUGGGCUUCUUGGUGUCUCAGAACCAGCCUGGGGAGUCCCAGCUCGAGGAGUCACUGUGGAUGCAGAAAGGCAUACAGACAGGGUCGUGGCCUAGAGGAGCCACUUCUCUGGGCCUCUUGCCUCUGAGGCUCUGGGGACCUGCUGCCCCCCACCGCGGGGUGAGGAAAACAACUUGGGUCUGAGAACCCAGAGUCAGGAUGUGGUCUGACCUCCCCCAGGCAUCUAGUUCCCUGUUUGACGGCGGCCGAGGAAACCUCCCAACACACUCUCAGUUAUCAGUGGCCCGAAUCAGAGGCUGAACAGCUCUGCCCACCCCUGGGUGCCGAGGCCGUGGUGUCCCAGCACAGACCAGGCCACAGUGCUCUGUGCUUAGCGCUCCUGCUGGAUUGACCCUCAGACGCGGAGGGAGGCACACACAGCCUCAGUCUUCCUCUGGAACCCCCUUCCCUGUGUGCCCGGUCCUCAUGACCCACCUGCCCACUUGGGGCCUUGCCCCUUCCACCCCACCCUUCUCCAGGGACCCUUCUCUGGCCACAUCACCCCCAUCCCUUCCAGGCCCCAGGUCGGGAGCAGCAGGAGGAAGGGGAGGGGCUGGGCCUCGCUGCUCCCAGUGGUUGACAGGACAACACUGUGGGGAGCUGUCGCCUGGAAGGGCUGCCGGCAUGAGCUGUGUUCAAGCUGACUUCUCAUCUGGUCAAUAAAGCUCUUAGAACAGAA